AUGUACUGGCCCAAUGGUGUCCCCCGGGUCUAUGCGGUCAAUGGCCCCGGAAUUCCGCCCGCUUUGUCCGAUGAGGAUCGAGCAGUUGACCAUGAGAAUGAGAGCUCUCCGGAGCAGAAAGAGUCGGUAGACCACGCCGGUAAUGGGCCUGAGUCGAAGCCGGGAUCAUGGGCGGAUGAGCCCAUUAGUGGCCUCUGUGUGUCUCGCAGUGGUCACUUGUUUGCGACGAUGACGGAUUCGUCCAUUGCGGUUUGGCAGACUAAGCCUACUGCCGUCGUUGCUGCUGUUGCUCGAUCUGCGACGUCAAUGAAAACGUACGGACCUAACGUGGCCCUUUUGAUGCGUCCCGAUUCGACGAUCCUUGCCGCGCAGACCCUCAAUGGAUAUCUUCUUACCUAUACGAUGGCCUCCGAUCCGAACAGUCGAGUAUACCAACAGCGUUUUGACCAGUCCACCCAGUCGCGUCGUCAGCAGCUAGCCCGUCUGUCAGCCGGGGAGGAGGCUAAUGCAAUUCGGGAGAUAAACAUUCGCUUUCGGAUGGCCAUAAAGAUAGAAUCGGGGAUUGUGAAGGCCCUGGCUUUGGAUAAUGAGCUAGUUGUGGCUACUGUGAAGCCCCCGGCUAUCCAGUGUAUCCGUUGGACACCAGAUGCCAGUGGAUCACAGACCUCAUCAGAGCUCCUAGGUCGGAUACUAGGUGUCUCCAAGAAAACGACGAUUGAGGAUAUGGUGUACGACCGUGCAAUGAACCUUUUGAUAUGGGUAACCAAUGAGGGACAGGCGUAUGGAAUUCAGAGGAUUUCGGAGCAGCAGAAUGAACCAGAGGCUACUAAAAAGUUGUUUAGGGGCCACUGCUUCCAUGAUCCGAAGGAUGAUGGUGAGAAAGCAAUCAGGGUCGCAGUAAAUGCACGGUUCUCACUAUUGACGGUGAGCUGCACAAAUGGAGAUGUUCUCGUCUACACAGCCAAAGACUAUAUGGGAAACGUUCCGCUUUCACAAAAGCUCCAGCCUCCUGCAUCACCAUCCACUACUGGGAGAUUGACGUUUAUGAGUUACUCGCCAGAUGGAUACUGCUUGUUUGCCGGUUACGAACAUGGCUGGAUGACCUGGAGUGUGUUUGGCAAGCCAGGCGGGAAUAGCUUCUCGACAGACCGUCCACAUACUACUGCUAACGCUGAAGAUUGGCUUAGCGGGGUCUCGAACGGAUGCUGGAUAGGCGGGGGAUCAGAUAUCAUCCUAACAAGACAGACUGAUCGUCGUCUGUGGAUAUUGGAAACAGCACGAAGCGCGCUGACUGGCUGUUUUUCGUCUGCAAAUCUAGCCAGAGGUUUGCUACAAACAAGCACGGAAAUCAUUCUCUAUCGCGGCCAUGAUCUACCGGAUCUGAUAACCAUCUCGGGCAAGGACUCUUUAUGGCAUCAUGCGCAAUACCCACCAACUUACCUGCACUCCCAAUGGCCGAUCCGUUCCUCUGUCGUUUCCCAGGACGGGAGAUACGUGGCUAUUGCGGGUCGACGGGGUCUAGCACACUACAGUGUCAACAGUGGCCGCUGGAAGGUCUUUGAGGACCCCAGGGUAGAAGACUCAUUUGCCGUCCGAGGUGGUAUGUGCUGGUAUGGGCAUAUUCUGAUUGCCGCCAUUGAUAGUGACGGGUCAUACGAGCUACGUCUAUAUUCACGGGAGCUGCCGUUGGAUGAUAAUUCCAUCUUGCAUAUAGAAUACCUCCCUUCGCCUGUGGUUUUCAUUGGACCGUCUGGUGAAGAUUCCCUUCUCGUCUAUACUUACGAUAACGUAUUAUACCACUUUAUCAUCAACUCUACGCAUUCCCAUAUCACACUUGUACCUGUUGGGCAGAUCGCUUUCAACGGCAUUGUACGAGCGCCAACUCGGGUGAGGGCAAUCAGCUGGGUCCUGCCUGAGGAUCAGAUGAGAAACGGUGAUCCUUCUCGGGAUGUUAAGGUGGCCUCUGUCCUUCUCUUGGUCGACGGUAACCUUGUUCUUCUUCAGCCAUCGGUUUCGGAAACGGGCGAUUUGAAGUAUGACAUGCGGAUCUUAUCCAAUGACGUGGAAUACUACAUCUUGAUGCGUGAUCAAUUUGCGUUCGAUUCCUCUGCUCCCGAUGUGUCACUUCCUCCCAGUCCUUCGGCCGACAUGGCAUUCAAGAUGUACUCGACCAAUCAAUCACUGAGAGAUUCUCUUUGGACGUUCAGCGGGAAGAAUCUCCUCGCUUGGGGCGAUGUGAAAGAAGUAUUACAACAUGAAGAAGUACCCAAGCCUAUCGAGGUUCCUCUUGAUUUCUACCCCCUGUCGGUGCUCUUGAAUAAAGGCAUCGUCUUGGGAGUGGAAUCAGAAACGAUCCAACGGCGAAAUGUCACUUUUGCCAUUUUGAAGUUUGCCAUUCGGACACAUCUAUUCCUUCCUUAUUUCCUCCAGCACAGCCUUGUUCAGUCCGAUAUGCCCGGAGCGCUUUCACUUAGUCAACAUUUCUCCCAUCUCUCAUACUUCGCACACGCACUCGAAAUCCUACUCCACCAUGUUUUAGAUGACGAAGUCGAUAACGAAAGCCGAAGCAGCAAAACCAGCGACCCAUCCCAGAAACACCAGCCCUUACUCCCAUACGUGAUAUCUUUCCUUCAAGCUUCCCUCCCAACCAAAACAUACCUGGACAUUGUAGUCCAAUGCACGCGCAAAACGGAACUGCGAAUGUGGCGCACCCUGUUCACUUACCUCCCACCACCAAAAGACCUCUUCGAGCAAGCGUUGAAGCUCAACUCCCUGAAAACAGCCGUUGGCUAUCUCCUUGUAUUACAAGCCUUCGAGGACGAGUUAGAGGGCGACGACGCACCGAUCGAAGAUUAUGUCGUUCGCUUAAUCGUGCUAGCAUCGCAACGAAGUGACUGGGAGCUCUGCGCAGAACUGGCUCGCUUCCUGAUUGCCCUAGAUGCGUCUGGUGAUAUGCUCAGACGAGCUAUUGCCAGAGCAGGUUUGAGAAAUGCGAACGGGCUUCCGGCGAACGGGAUGAAUGGGUCCAAUACCAGUGUUAAGGGAUUAGGGCUGGCGCUGCCGAUCCGGACGCCGUCAUGGUCGUCGAUUUCGCCCACGUCGUCGCCUAUUCCGAUGCCUCCAGGUCAGGCGCCUAGUGAUAUGGGCUCUAAUGCGAACAUGGGGAAUGCUGCGUGGAGCAUGGAUAGUGAUUGUUGA